AUGGGAAACGCGUUGGCACGUCGUCACAAAUCUGAUAAAAUAUAUUCAUCGGGAAAUAGUGAUAGUUCUUGUAAUUCUUCUCUAUCGGAAUUUACUUCUACCAAUAUUAAACUUAUAGGCGGAAGGCCUUUUAUUGAUGAUGAAGCAUCAGUAUAUAUUCUUCCUACUGAUUGGGAAGAAGCAGACAGGAUUCAAUUAGAACAUUUUGCAAUGAAACAUGCUUUUGAUGGUAAUUAUGCCGCACCACUUUCUGAAAUUAUAAAACCUGGAAGUAAAAUUUUAGAUAUUGGCUGUGGUUCUGGUCAUUGGAGCUUCGAAAUAGCUCAAGAAUUUCCAGAUGCAAAUGUUUAUGGAAUAGAUAUCUCACCAAAUUUUCCUGUUAGUAUAAAACCUAAAAAUUGUAAUUUCCAAAUUUGUAAUAUAGUCGAAGGUUUACCAUUUAAAGAUGAAGAAUUUGAUUAUGUUUUUAUGAGAUAUAUGGUUUUCGCUUUGAAGCAACAUCAAUGGUCUCAAAUAUUAAAUGAGAUAAAAAGAGUUUUAAAACAGGGUGGCAUUUUUGAAUGUGUGGAUCGAGAUAUACUUCCAUUAAGUGCGGGCAAAACUAUUACUGCAUUUGCUGAAAAAACUGAAGAUAUUCUAUUUAAACAAAAAGAAAUUGACGUUCGAUUCAUAAUAAAAGUUGAACCAAUACUUAAGGAAAUGGGAUUUCAAAAUGUAUCUUGUACUCGUAAGCAUAUACCUUAUGGAAAGUGGGGUGGCAAAAUUGGUGAAAUAUGGCGACUGAAUAGUAUAAAGAUGGCAGAAACUUUUAGAUUACAAAUGCCUGAAAUUUUAGGUAUUACUGUUGAAGAAUGGGAUAGUGUAUGUGCCAAGAUAAAUAAAGAACGUGAUGAAAACAAAGAAUGUGAUGUUCAUUAUAUUAUUUUGGCUACUAAAGAUAAAAAUAACAAUAUUAUAGCAAGAAAAAAAAUUUAA